UUGUUCAGUCCAAAGCAUCCACAAAAUCCUUACGAGAGAACUGCCUUUGAUAAAGCAUUUAAAACACACGCAAUUUGUGAAUCGUGGAAUUCCGGUAAUCAACCUGACGAUUUACUUUGGUCAGAACCAGCUGACCGCUUAUUACGAAUUAUUGGCAAUGGUGUUGUCAAAGAUGGCUAUAACAUGUUUAUGACACCGAGUCAAGCUCAAGGCAAAACAACCGUGGUAUCUGUUGCUCUUUACAUUGAAUCAAUGUCUUCGUUUAAAGCCCAAACAAUGGAUUUCGAAGUUGAUAUGUACCUUGCAUUGGCUUGGUAUGAUCGUCGUUUAGCACAUAAUUGCACUCAUCCAGUCCUUGUUACACAUAAAUUUAUUGCUGAUCGUAUUUGGCAACCUGACCUCUACUUUGUAAAUUCUAAAUUUGCCUACCUCCAAGAAGUUACAACACCAAAUGUAAUGGUUAUUGUAUAUCCCGAUGGUUUGAUAUUCAAAUCAAUGAGGCUAGACGUGACAUUAUCUUGCAUGAUGGACUUGCAGCGAUUCCCGAUGGAUAAGCAAGAAUGUCCACUUGUAAUCCAAAGCUAUGCUUAUGUAGAAAAUAUGGUAAAUUUGACUUGGCAUCAGGAUCCACCAUAUUUUCCAUUCGGAAGUAAUAGUGAACUCAAAAUUAAUGAUAUGGUAAUUACGGAUACUAAAUUUGAGAAGUGCCUAACACCAUACAUUAUGUUUCGAGGCAGUGGGAACUGGUCAUGCAUUCGUGGGCUGAUUGUCAUGAAACGAUUAAUGCUAUUCCACGUCAUCCAGACGUAUAUCCCAACGGCAAUGCUCGUCCUAAUCUCAUGGAUGAGCUUCUGGCUAGACCCUCGAGCUUCACCUGCUCGAGUUACACUUACUAUUACUACUUUACUUACGCUGACUACAAUGAGUAAUGGUGCCAGACAAGAUUUACCACAAGUUAGCUAUAUUAAAGCACUGGAUAUUUGGUUGACAUUCUCACAGGCUUUAAUAUUUCUGGUGCUAUUAGAAUACUCAUUUGUCAGUUACUAUCUAACUAAACGAGAUUACAAUUGUAUCCAUCGCCGUGUAUUUGGAGCCGCUGAACUUUAUCCUGAAAAAGAAAAGAAAAAAUCAGAACCACAAAGUCUAUUAAUGACAGGUACAAGAAGGUUUUCGGUGAAUAAUGGUCACGCAAACGUGAAUAACUUUUCAUAUACAGCUGGACUAACGCGUUGCCUCCGUAACAAAGCUACGUUAUUUACAAAACGACAACUUGAUGAACAAGCUAAUUUCUUUAAUAAUUUUGAUAUCUCAAAACCAUGUCAAAAAUGCUCGGCAUCAAAUGAAUUCAUUGCAAGGCAAAUUGAUUUGUGUAAGUACUUACUGUAA